AGGCAGAUGCGCAAUGACUAAACCACCCAGGUGCCCCUCACACAAUUCUUUGAAUGCUUGGGAGACACACCCUUGAUUCAGAGCCUGUCCAAAUCCAGUGUCCAGGUUGACUUUUAAUCCAGAUAGUAUGGACAAAGGCCAUGAGUGGGGUGGGUGGGGGGAUACACUACCCCAUGGGGCCCUGUGGCUCUCCAAACCCCAGUUCCUUCUUGUCUCUGUCUGCAGAGCCCCUUCAAAACCAGUGAAAGAAAAGCACCUUGUGGGGCCCAUGGCUCUGAAAUCCUUGGGAGCUGUGUGUGCAGCUGGCCUCAGUCCCAGGGAUAUGAGACUCUUGUUCUUGCUCUUUUCUCUCCCUCUUACCUCAGAAAGCCCGUCUUGUCUCCACUCCACCCCAACCCCUAUCACCCUGCCCCCAUCCCUGCACCUCUGCCCCUCCGCCCCCAUUGCUCUGUACUGGCCUUGGUCAGAGGUCAGACCAGCAGUUCUGGAAAGCUUGUGCUGCUGGGGGGUGCCUGUGGGCCACUCCUAGCCUGAACCUCUGGCAUCUGCAAGACUGGCCUGGAGCCAACAGGAAGGUGAGUGGCCCUGCUCACAAGGGUUUCACCUUUCCUCUCAGGUCUGUCCCCUCUAAACUGGCUGGGGCCGUCAGGACAAGCUGUUUGUUGGCCCGCCACACCGGGGUGGAGUACAGAGGGCAGGUCAGAGCCAAGAUUCCAGCUCCAAAACACCCCGCAGAAUAAAAGUGAAAACUUUUGUCUAAUUUCAGUCUUCCCUUUGUUUUCUACACACUAAACCCACAUCUUGGGUUUUCAGGCCCAUUUAAACUUGGCUCCUGCUGGGGUGCAAAGGCGGGGGCAGCACAGGUGGCCCUCCCACUCUAAGCUCCACCCUUUCCUUCCUGGAGGCUGGCUCCAGAUCCCUCCCACUUGGAAUUUAUAAACCCUUCAGCUCGGAGAACAGUUCUGCACCCACCCCACCCCACGGCACCCGGUUCACCACAGCACAAAGUGGUCACAGGACCGACAUCCAGAGAGGUCUGGUGAGUUCUCCCGGUGGGGCGGCUGGGCAGGGCUAGCUCCUGGCCCUUUCCCUCUGGUUGGGCCAUCUCAGUAAGCCGACACGACCCCAGGCCGAAACCCCCUUCCCCUUUCUGCUGACCCAUCACUUAGUUCAGCUGCAUGCCAGACUCUGGCCCCCCAAAACAGGCUCAAGUUGCUCACUGGCUCUGUUUAUCCCCGAGCCAAGAUGGCGUGGUUUGGCUUCUGGAAUGUUUUUGACGAUGCAUGAGGGGCCCAGGCUGCUCGAGGGGCCCAGGCUGCUCCAGGGACCAGCAGGGGGAGUGGGGCCAGUGCCGCAGGCCAGGGGCCGCUGCAGAAGUAGUGGGAGGAGAGCUGGCAGGCGAGGAAUUAGGACAGGCAGGCACUAGAGUAGUAGCUCUCAAGGGUGCACUGGAAUCCCUUGGAGCUUCCAGAAGACUGGGACGGGGCCCCAGAGAGCGAUGUCUUUGAUGUGGGAUGUGGCCUCAGGCAUGGGGAUCUUUACGAGCCCUGUAGGACAGCAAAGGCGCAAGCCAGCACCAGCCCCACUGUGUGAGUGUUCGGUGUGGGUUUGAACCCCAGCUCCUGCCACUCACCAGCUUUGUGAGCAGGGCCGAGUCAGCCCCAGGCCUUCCUCGUGAAGCAGGAUUUCAACACAUGGCGUGUCGUGAUGUUGUUAAGGCAAGUCGGCUGCCCUCUGCCCCCGACGCCGUGGAAUGGAGCUCAUCCAAGACACCUCACACCUGCCGCUGGUAUGUGUGAAGGGAAUCCCUCUCAUCAAGUACUUUGCAGAGGCCCUGGGCUCCCUGCAGGACUUCCAAGCCCGGCCUGAUGACCUGCUUAUCAGCACCUACCCCAAAUCUGGCACCACCUGGGUGAGUGAGAUCCUCGACAUGAUCUAUCAGGGCGGUGAUCUACAGAAGUGUCGCAGGGCCUUCAUCUUAAUCCGGGUACCCUUCCUUGAGCUCAAGUUUCCAGGUGUUCCCACAGGUUUGGAGGUUCUGAAAAAUACACCAGCUCCACGACUCAUUAAAACACACCUGCCCAUGGCUCUGCUCCCUCAGACCUUGCUGGAUCAGAAGGUCAAGGUGGUCUACGUGGCCCGCAACGCAAAGGAUGUGGCUGUCUCCUUGUACCACUUCUACCGCAUGGCCAAGGUGCACCCAGACCCUGGCACCUGGGACUGCUUCCUGGAGAAGUUCAUGGCUGGGGAAGUGUCCUACGGGUCCUGGUACCAGCACGUGCGGGAGUGGUGGGAGCUGAGUCACACUUACCCUGUUCUCUACCUCUUCUACGAGGACAUGAAAGAGAACCCCAAGAGGGAGAUUGAGAAGAUCCUGAAGUUCUUGGGGUGUUCCCUGCCAGAGGAGACCGUGGAUCUCAUUGUCCAACAAACGUCUUUCAAGGAGAUGAAGAAAAACCCCAUGGCUAACUACAGCACCAUACCCACUGACAUCAUGGACCACAGCAUUUCGGCCUUCAUGAGGAAAGGCAUCACGGGGGACUGGAAGACCACCUUCACUGUGGCCCAGAAUGAGCGCUUUGAUGCUGACUAUGCCAGGAAGAUGGAGGGCUGUGGCCUCAGCUUCCGCACAGAGCUAUGAGUGGUGUCCCUGGGAGGCAUGCCCAAGGCCCCGCGGCUGUGACCCGUCCCCAGCCUCAAAAAUAAAAUUCCAUGUGUAUU